UCUCUCUCUCUCUCUCUCUCUCUCUCUCUCUCUCUCUCUCUCUCAUUUUGCGAUUCACACUUUUAAUUUGACAAUUUGGUCCCAAAACGGUGAAGCAGAUGCGUUUACCGUUGAAUUCACCUCCCACAAAUCCACAAGACAAUUGAAACUACUUUUCCCCAAAUAUCCAAACCUAAUCGCGUUUUCCAAACUCCAUGAACUCUCGAGAACUUACUCUAGUUGCCACCGCAACUGCGUUUGGAGCUUUGGCCUCCGCAAUCGCUUUCCGUUUCCUCCACCGCUCACAAACUCACCCAUCCGAAACUAAUACCUCGCAAAACGGCACCGUUUCCUCUUCUGGAGACCCUUUCGAUCCCUCCAAGCGCAAAGGAUACUUGUCGUGGGAUGAUUAUUUCAUGGCAAUUGCGUUUUUGUCUGCUGAAAGAUCCAAAGACCCUAACAGGCAGGUGGGUGCUUGCUUAGUAAGUCAAGAUGGUAUAAUUCUUGGCAUUGGUUAUAAUGGAUUUCCAAGAGGUUGUUCUGAUGACAAGCUACCAUGGGCUAAGAAAUCUAGGACUGGGAAUCCUUUGGAGACUAAGUACCCUUAUGUUUGUCAUGCAGAAGUAAAUGCUAUUCUUAACACGAAUCAUGCCUCUGCUGCUGGACAACGGCUAUAUGUGACCAUGUUUCCUUGCAAUGAGUGUGCCAAGAUCAUAAUCCAGUCUGGCGUUUCUGAAGUCAUUUAUUUUGUGGAGAAGAGAUUAGAAAAUUCAGAUGUUAUAUAUACUGCCUCUCACAAGCUACUUUCAUUGGCUGGUGUGAAGGUCAGGAAACACCAACCAGCGAAGAGCGAAAUCCAUCUGAAGUAUGAGGAACACUAGUUUUUAAAGCUUGGUAUAUGACAUGAAUUCAGUGUUUGUAGUGACUAAAAUAUGUAAUCAGAAACACCAGAAGAUGAUGGUUGUGAGCAAACUAAGAUAACAGUCAUGACACAUAUCGUGUGCAAUCAUACAACAAAUCUACAUUAAACCCCCAUCUUAGGUCUCUGCAUUGGACCUGUGCAAGAAUGGUAGUAGGAGAAUGUAAUGCUUAGUUUUCCUAGGACUCAUUCUAGAAAAGUACCAAAACUAUAAAGAUCCUAGAGUUUGUAGUUCUCACAUAAUAAAGAGGAACUGACUGAUAUGAUUUUAGAGUAGAAACAGUCCACUUAAUAUUAAUCUAUCUCUUCUCAGUAUGUUAUUUCUUAGGAGUUGAGACUGAAUAUAGACACAUUUUAUGUGAGAGGCAAAA